CAAAAGUGAUGGUGAAGAGAGAGAAAGCACGUGAAGGAAUAUUGUGCAUCAUUAUCUGUUUAAGAACGAUCCGAUCCACGUAUUCAUGUCACGCCUAGAUCCGAUCAACGUCGUCGCCGGCACUUUCGAAUGAGAAUUAAAAUAGCUUUUCAGCGGGAAAACGUUACUCACAGUCACCGAUAACUCCAUCGGAACUCUACAACUUCAUGAGAGAGUAAGAGCGACAUAUAUAUGGUCAUUUUCUUCGUUUUUUCUCGAUCCACAGACGCAACAGUUCAGUGAUUAACGAAUUAUGGCACGAUUCACCGGGGCAUUGGCCUCGUCUACUACUGCUAUCCUGAUCCUGUCGAGUUUUGUUCUGUUUAAUAAUCUAUGGUCGUCUGUGUUUGUUUCUGCGGUCGUUGAUGAUCCAAGAACUACUAUUCUCCAUCCUCCGAAUGCUGGUUCCAAUCGUCAAACCAUGUUUCUACCUCUUUUUCCUUCUCCUCUUAACUCCUCCCCGAUCUCUUCGUUCUCCGGCGACGGCAAAUCCCAGCGCCACCUCCAGAAAUCCGACGCUCAUCGCCGCAACGCGCGGAUGGCUCUCCAUGAUGAUCUCAUCAUCGACGGGUAUUACACAACGUGGCUGUGGAUUGGAUCUCCACCGAAGAAGUUUGCUCUUAUUGUGGACACAGGGAGUACUGUUACCUAUGUUCCAUGUUCUACUUGUAAAGAAUGUGGCAAUCAUGAGGAUCCAAAGUUUGAUCCAAAGUCAUCCAGCACUUACAAAUCUGUGAAGUGCAACAAGAAUUGCACAUGUGACAAGGACAAAAAGCAAUGUGUGUAUGAAAAUGUAUACGCUGAAUUCAGUACUAGCAGUGGUGUUCUUGGUGAAGACAUCAUAUCAUUUGGCAACGAAAGUGAAGUUUCACCUCAACGUGCCAUUUUCGGUUGUGAAAAUGUGGAAACUGGUGAUCUCUACAGUCAACAUGCAGAUGGAAUAAUAGGUUUGGGUCGUGGUUAUCCGAGUCUAGUUGACCAACUUGUUGACCGAGGUGUAAUCAGUGAUUCCUUCUCUUUGUGUUAUGGUGGAAUGGAUAUUGUUGGUGGUGCCAUGGUUCUUGGUGACAUUUCACCUCCCUCAGGAAUGGUCUAUUCCUACUCAAACCCUACUCGUAGCCCAUAUUACAAUAUUGAGCUGAAGGAGUUACAUGUUGCUGGAAAGCGGUUACCUUUGAGUCAGAGUGUUUUUAAUGGAAGUCUUGGAACGGUUUUAGACAGUGGAACAACAUAUGGUUACCUACCUGAAGCAGCUUUUCUUGCAUUUAAGAAAGCUAUCAUGAAUGAAGUCCAUUCUGUCAAACAGAUAAAAGGUCCUGAUCCAACUUAUGAUGACAUUUGCUUUUCUGGUGCUGGAAGUGAUGUUUCACAGCUCGUGAAGAGCUUUCCUUCUGUUGAAAUGGUGUUUGGGAAGGGAGAAAAGCUCUUACUAACCCCAGAGAACUACUUGUUCAGACACUCAAAGGUGCAUGGUGCAUAUUGCUUGGGGAUUUUUCAAAAUGGAAAGGAUCCAACGACUAUGCUUGGAGGCAUUAUUUUUCGCAAUACUCUUGUUAUGUAUGACAGAAAACAUGACAAGAUUGGAUUUUGGAAGACUAAUUGUUCUGAUCUACGUGCAACACUUGCUGUGUAAGGUUUUACAGAGUAGAAACUAUUUAAUACCUUGCAAUUUUUUUUAUAGCCAUAUGCUCAGAACUCUUCUUCAUCAUAUGGUUUGGUUUCAGUAUUUAAAGAUAAGGUCUCUACGUAAUAUUUGUUAGAUUGAUUCUUGUCAUUAUUUUCUAUUGUUGUAAUUUAUCAUUCAUAGGUCAAACAAGUUCAUAUAUC